ACAAUCAAUCUGCUCCGAAACGCGUUUAAAGGCAGGGACGACGCGCGCGGGUAUUCUCUCCGCGGUCACGUGGGCGAGAGAUCCCUACUUACAUUACGGCGGCGUGGUAUCUUCUCGGUGACGGAUAGUGACAAGGGAUCGGGGGGAGAAGAGACGGCGAGAUGAACGAGUUUUACGACGAAUUUGUACGCACCGCGCCUCGUCUACUGUCGUCAAUUAACCGAGACGUCAAUUGAACGCGAUCCAGUGGUCACUUAAGGAGCUUUUGUACAUGUGGAUCUUCGAAGGGGCGUUGGACCGUGGAGAAGAGGUCGUCGUUUGCAGUGAAAGAUGAUGCCGCGGACGAUAAAUAGUCGCGUCUUGGUCUCCGGGCGAAGUGUUCACGAAUGCAGAUAAACAAUGUUAAUCUUUAUUAGUUGAUGGCAACAAGGACGAAUACUCGUCGAUGCCAUUAAAUUGUAAAAGAAGAAGAAACAAUGUUGUUGUGAGUCAGAGAGCGAAAACACAUUCGUCGCGCGGGACGGGAGAGAGAUAUAGGAGAACGAUGUUACUCCGCCUGCAUUAGAUAAGACGUGCUAAUCGCCGCCCCAGGAGCAAUGGACGAUGAACAGCCGGCGAAGGAGCCCACCAAGAUCUGCGGUGUCUGCGGCGACCGCGCGCUCGGCUACAACUUCAACGCCGUCUCCUGCGAAAGCUGCAAGGCCUUCUUCAGGAGGAACGCGCUGAGGACUAAGGACUUUAGAUGCCCCUUCACUGAAAACUGUAAAAUUACACCUGUAACCAGACGCUUUUGUCAAAAAUGCCGUCUGGACAAAUGUUUGCGUAUUGGUAUGCGCAAGGAUUACAUUAUGUCUGAAGAGGACAAAGUUCUAAAGCGUGAAAAGAUCGAAAAGAAUCGCGCGAAAAAACGAUCUCAAUUCGAUAAUGCCACAGCAUCAAAGAUCAAAAAAGAUUGCGUGGAUGAUUGUACAUUCGAAGACACGUCGAUAUCAGUCAAUUCGGUCGCGUCAACGAUGUCGGAGACGUAUUUUUGGGAAUCUGACAGAAAAUACACAGAUUUGGAUGGUAACAGGCAGAAUGUCGUCGAGAGUAUGAGCCCAGUGACAGCAGCUAGCGUACCUAGUCCUUCAAGUCCACCGGAGAGCACGAAUAUCGCUGAAACAAAGACGUUGGACAUGCUGAAGGAAUCCGCUCAUGGCUCGAGAUCUAAUCUUGUGAGGUACAAUCAACCUGUUUUGUAUGUAGAAAACGAGAUAGAAUCAAUAAAGAUUGAAUCGAAAUUGUCUGUUCAUAGCCGUGCGAGAUCGUUCACCGACUUCAAUGUGGCAUCUUCAGACACAGGAAAGGAUAAGAACGUACCAUCAAAUUCAGGGGAAUACGAGCAGAAUUCGCUAGAAUUAAGUUCCGAGUUUGUAAGCGUUAAUAGCGAAUCGCCGAGGUACAGUUCUUUAUUUGACGAAAACGCGCCCAAUUAUUCCAAAUUUGAACAAAGUAACGAGAGUUCCUUGGUAUACGUCGAUUGCGUAUCGGACAAUCGGACAAGUCGACUCGAUCCGAGUUUACAAGCACAAUUCGAGAAGGAGGAGACGACGAUAUGUCAGAAGCCGAAGGAGACGUGUUCGAGCGGAAGCAAUUUAAUUGCCAAGUUCAAACAAAAUCCCAAUCUGUUCACAAAGUUCGUCAAUAAUCCAAAUUUAGUUGCCAAGAUACUUCAAGAUCAAAGGGUAGUAAUGAAGAUUAUGACGGACCCCGAUAUGGUCACGUGCUUGGCAACGGAUCCACAUAUCACGCAGUUUUUAGAGGAGAAUGACGCAACUGAUACGAGCGACGGGCGUGGCCGUGACAACAAAACAGGAAGUCAGUCUCAGAAAGAAGCUCCGCGGAAUAAUGAUAGCUCGAGUAAUAUCACUAGGUAUACACCAAAAUCUAAAAAAAGUCACGUCGAAAAUCCGAUACUGACAGAUCUAAUUACGAAUCGUAACACGGAAGAGUGCAAAAAUCAAAAUUUAGAACCUAGCAUAAGCACAGAUUGGAAUAAAAAUACAGCUGAUGUUACCAGAGAUGUUCUCCAAGAUGUUCAAAGGAUACCUAUCGCUGCCAACUCUAUAGAGUCUAUAUUAUGCGAAGCCAUCAAGUUGGAAUAUUCAGCAUUUUCUAGUUUAAGUGGUAACCAAAGCAGUAGGGAUUUGAAUGACGCCGAGAGAGCGAAAUUAAACGAACUGAUAGUUGCUAAUAAAGCAUUAUUGGCUCCUUUAGAUGAUGACAUAACAAAUUUGGUUGGCGAGGAAUGUAAAUUUAAGAAUAAUUUCGGACAAUCUGAUCCAAUGUUGUUGGACGUUAUAAAUUUAACGGCAAUAGCAAUUAGACGCUUAAUAAAGAUGUCCAAGAAAAUAAACGCCUUCAAAAAUAUGUGUCAGGAAGAUCAAUUGGCUCUGCUGAAGGGUGGUUGUACGGAAAUGAUGAUUCUAAGAUCAGCCAUAAAUUACGAUCCAGAUAAAGAUAUAUGGAAAAUUCCUCAUAGCCAAGAGAGCAUGUCCAAUAUCAAGGUUGACGUUUUGAAGGAAGCAAAAGGAAAUUUGUACGCGGAGCACGCGAAAUUCGUCAGAACAUUUGAUCCCAGAUGGCGGGAUGAAAACAUCAUUCUAAUUUUAAGCGCAAUCGCUUUGUUUACUCCCGAUAGACCGAGGGUUGUGCACAGUGAUGUUAUUAAAUUGGAGCAGAGUUCUUACUAUUAUCUUCUAAGACGAUAUUUGGAAAGCGUUUAUCCUGGCUGCGAGGCCAAGUCCAUGUUUCUGAAGUUAAUACAGAAGAUUUCCGAACUCCAUAAAUUAAAUGACGAGGUUGUGGGAGUUUAUUUGAAUGUCAAUCCAUCCAGCGUAGAGCCAUUGCUUAUAGAAAUAUUCGACUUAAAGCACUGAUAACUAGUUUAUAGAGUCACGCAUUUUGUCUGUAUAAUGAGAAAACAAAUUAAGAAACCGUUGCAUUCGUGCUGGAAUAUAUUCGGAAUAUAUAGCGGUAUUUUAAGUAAAAGAAAUCGAUUGUUUCAGAAAUUCACGAAAAUCUGAUUGUGAUAAGUAAAAUUCAAAUUUCUCUGCAUUGCCUCUUUGUAUAAAUACUUAUAGCAAUACAACUUUAAAUAUCUUUGGGUGAUAGAACAAAGACUAUACACCUAUAAAAAACAUAGAACAUAAAAAUACUUUGAUAUGAUAUCAAAAUAUGUUUAAGAAAUUAUAACAGGAAGAGAUCAAGCCAAUAUACAAUGUAGACAUCCUGCAUGACGAUAAAUGAAAGGUAGCGAUAUCAAUAACAGUGACAAUUUAGUAGUAGCUCUCAUUGCUCUCUCGGCGUUUUAUUAGCAACUGUCAUCAGUUUAAUUUCGUUAUCUCAACGAUUCUCAUCAAUUUAAAUAAAUAAUGUUAAUUGAACAUUAAGAAUGUUGUAAAAAUAAUAAUUAAUGAUAGAGCAAUAUUUCGCUUUGUAAUAGGCAUAUAAUAUAUCGUAAACAUAUUUCACAGAAUAUCCUUUAAAUUUUAUAUUCUCUUCAUGUACGAGAGUGAGUGUACAACGACAGCAUAAUAAUUCCUAGGUGGCUGUUUCAAGCAUGUUUUUUCUCGGGGGAUAGUUAAAUCUAUAUUAAAAAUAUAUAUUUUUUUUAUGUCAAAUUUUACAUUCUAAAUAAUUAUAUGUUAUUUAUAUGACAAGGCCUGUGGAUCCUCACAAAUCUAUAUAUGUAUAUAUAAGAUCACAUAAGCGUUGUUAAAAGUUUGUGCUUUGGAGGAUGUAUUGAGAAAAUGAGAUUUCAAUGCAAAUCUGACUAUAUGAAUUGUGGUGAUUAUAAACUUUAGUCAUAAUUAAGUGAAAAUAAGAAGGAUAUUAUUAUAUUUGUGCGCAUGUUGUGUGUACGCAUGUUACUGUUGCAAUGUAAAUGAGAUAAAUAUUGUGAUAAAUCCUGAUACAAAUAUAUUUUUCAAAGAUA